UCUUAAUAUGUAAUCUCAAUAGAAUCUAACAUAUUUCGGUUUGUAGUUUAAAUGACUUAAUGAGCGAAUAUAGCAAAAUUUUAAUGUGAAGAUUGUAGAUUUCUCAUGGCCAAGCGGGAAGAAGCAAAAACUUUGAUCGUCUCUAUAGCGGAUUUUUUGCUGAGAAUGUCUUCAGAUAAGUCUAAAAUGAGGAGGCAAAACCUGAGAACGGCUGUUAGCUGCUUGGAAACAGUUUAUGCUAUUCAAAUAAAUGACUAUCUUCAUUUGCGAUACAUUCCAUCUUUAAAGGAAAUAUUCGAUCGUGCCACAAAACCUGUACCUGUCAAAGACUGUAUUAAAGCCGAAACAUGUAAAAUGUUGGGCAAUUCUUGGAUGGCUGAUGGACAGUAUGAAUUAGCCGAAGAAGAAUACACUAAAGCUAUAAGCUUAAACCCAUGGAAUGCCAUCUUUUUCUGCAACCGUGCUGCAUCUAGGAUUCAACGAAAACUAUAUCCAGCAGCCAUAACUGAUUGUUAUCAAGCUUUAAAGUUAGAUCGAUGUUAUGGGAAAGCUUAUGGUAGACUUGGUCUAGCAUAUUUCUUCAUGAACCGUCCAGACAGAGCCACUCGUUGUUUCCGGAAGGCUCUUUCCCUUGAGCCUCGGAAUGUAUUAUAUCUCAGGUGCUUGAAUGCUGUUAAUGUUAUUUUGAAUCAAUCAGUUGGGGACAUUUUGCAGCCGUUUUACCGAUAUGGACGGAAUCCGUUUCGCAUGGAGCCAUUUGUUUCGCCCUUUUCUGUUAUCGCUUUUCCUGAGUGGUUCUCGUUGUUAGAAAAUUCUGAGGGAGAUACUGAUAUAGAGUCAGAUUGUGAAUCCACUGAUUAAUUGCUAUGAUCAGUUUAUCUUCCUCAAAGGUAUUUUUAAAGUAGUCGUAUAACAUAAUACGAAAAUCUUGAAAUGAUCUAGACCUUUUACCUCCACAUUGUGCAAAAAUGAUAUGUUAAUAUAAAUUUAAGACAUAUAUGCGUUUUCUUUACAUCUGCUAGUGAUAAAAAUCUGGUAAAGUGUUCUAACGCCUA